AUGUUAAGAUUUGCUCUGCUGUUUUUGCUGUUUGUAACCUUAAUUUCAGCAGAACAGAUUAUAUUAAGUGUCAACUCGUCUACUUAUAUUGAGGGCACACCAGCAAAACUGAGUUGCCUUUUUCCACGCAGUAUACGGAUUUUAGAGUGGCGGAAUGUUGACAAUGUCAUGAAAACACCAUUAAGAUGUACAUCAGAAUCAUCUUGUGGUAAUUACACAGGAUAUCACCUAUCAAGAGUUAGAAAUAAUAUAACAUUAAUUAUAAACCAUGUAAAUAAAUCAUUAUCGACGUGGGUAUGUUCCGAUCUUCAUAGAAGUCUUUCUGAAACUGUUAAGCUUAACAUAACAGAUAAUCCAAUGCUUGAUAUAGAGAUAACCGAAGAGAAUUUACAUUACCGAAUAAAGACUUCUUGCUCCUCAUUUCCAUUUAAUGUUACAUGCCUGUUAAAUGAUAAACCACUUGAAAUCAAAAGGUUGACAUCAAAGCCUUGCCAUAUUCCCUUUUUAAAAUAUCUUUCUGGGUAUCUGGAACCAUCAUCAAAAACUGGAACCAUCCGGUGUACAGUUCAGCAAAAUAAUGAAAAAGUGACAGCGACUUUGAAAUUGACCAUAACAUACCUCUAUUAUAUUGGAGGAGUUAUCAUAGGAAUUGGAGUUAUCGUUGCUAUAUGCUUUCACUUUUAUAAACGUAAGUAA